AUGGAGAGGGAAAUCAAACUUGCAAAGUAUAGAAGAGACUCUUCUGAGAAACUUCAAACCCCUGUACUAAAUAAAGCCAGAAAUGAAAUCCAUAAGAGAGGGGCUGACAACAGAAAGAUCCCUCGCCGUACGAUUUUGCAGGCGAAUAUAAAUAAGAUCGUGACCGUCCGAUCAGAUAAUCGAAAUCAAGAACAAAGAGAAGAGGAGAAGGAGAAGGAGAGGAAGAUGUAG